GAAUAUUGAGUGUCCUGAGAGGUCAGAUUGCUGUCAGACAUGGCUGCUGGGCAUGGACACGGGCACGGGCAUGGGCAUGGCCAUGAUAAACUGGUACUUCCAGAUCACACACAGUGGAAAAUAGAAGGGACACCGCUAGAGACAGUGCAGAGGAAGCUGGCUGCCCGGGGACUGACAGACCCGUGGGCUCGCAAUGAGGCUUGGCGAUGCAUGGGUAGCUUUGCGGAGAACAUCUCCUUCUUGAGUGUGCUGUUCAAAGGGUUCAAGUGGGGAUUUGCUGCGUUUGUGGUCAUGGUAGGGGCUGAGUAUUUCCUGGCCUCCCAGAACGGUGAUAAGAAACAGCACUGA